AUGGCGCAUUGUGUCACCGUGCCAGAGUGUCUACCUGAGCGCUUGGAGGUGAUCUCUUACGCCAACGAAUCUGCGUUUCUCUAUAAUGAUGAGAUGGAGAAGCUGAUUGAUGCUGAUGGGAAGCUCGACCAAGCUCAUAAGAUGGUCGGGCCCUUUGAUCAGGGACAUCAUUUACAGACGGACUUCGGGGCCAACAAGCUGGAAUCUCGAGUUCUCGCCGAGAUUAUGGCCAUUGGCAAGCCUCGAGCGGAGACGUUGAUGAAGGAGAGUGACUAUAACAUCUGGUUUGGCACUCUGACAUGCGAAAUUGUGCUGACCAUCCCUGGCGAAGACUUCUAA